AUGCCUUACAGUGCCCGCACAGAAAGCCUCCCGGACGCGCCUUCGUUCAACACGCGAAUGUCCUGUCGGGACGCCACCGACUUCAUGUCCAACAUCAAACGGUCUUUGCCUAUGAUUUCUAGACAUAAGCCAGGCAGCAAGUCUGUUGGCAUGGACCAGGCCCAAAUUGACAUGAUUCUCGCUCGCUCGAAGGAUAUCCAACUGCCUUGGGACCAGCAGAGUCCCGGUCAGCCCUUGUCAGAUCUUGUGCCAGGGCUGGUGAUUAGUGGAGGUCGCAGUCGGUCGCCCGCCUUUGAUGGCCUGCCGGUCGUUUCACACUGGGGCGAUCGCACCGGCGAGGCGUCGGCUGCAGACCCUGCAGCGACGGUCUGUCUUACAUCGACGUGGUUCACCAGCCAUGUGCUGGGCGAAGGGUCAACAAUGCAGUGUCCCUUGGGCGCUCCCUGCUGGUCGCUCAAGACGCAUGGCAUCGGUCCGGUCGAGGCAGGGUCCAGCGUCCUGACUGCGGCGGCGAACAUCUCGUGGGGGCGCAACACGCGCGUGGCGGACGCUGUAGACCGUGCCCUAGAGCUGCUCGCGGACGCCGCGGUGCUCCUGGCAGCACGGAACAAGGUGAUCUCGACGGGGGUCACGGAGCGCCUUCCGUUCGCUGCAGUUCAUGCAGCUCCAAUGCCCACCUGGUGUGUCGCUCGCAAACCUCUACCUCCCAAGCUGAGUGGCGUGGCGCACUCGCUCGACCCAGCCACGACCGAGGUUCUGGCAGCCGAGAACUGCGUUGGCCCGCUGCUUAACACGAGCAUCUUCUCCAUGGCCGUGGGCUACAACCGGGGCGUCUAUGGGGGGUCGAUCUCGGGCCUCUGGGCGAUCAUGGACUCGGCCUUCGUACUCGACUACUCGAUCGGUAAGAACAGCCCAGCCAUGGCGGAGAAACUAGCCGGCGCCUUUGCCGAUGUGGCGGCCACCGCCGAGGCAGCCGUCUCCGCGGGCCCGCACAUCACCGACAUUCGCGUCGUCAAGGGGCGCAACUACGCCUGUCUCCGCCAGAAGACCAUCAUCGAGGACACCGCAACGGUUGUCUCCCGGCCGUGCAUGGUGGUCUGGGACGAUUUGGCGCGGCUGGCCCGCUACAAGCUCGCGGACGCGGUGUUCUGCCAUGUCUACUACGACUCCGGGGGCGGCGAGCAGAUGGCCGCGAUGGCGGGGCUGGGCUGCGUGGUACAUGACUGGAUUGAUCUGGGCGCGGACCUGGCCUGCGGCGAGAUUAGCAAUAUCAUACCUACAUUGACGCAGGGAGCACUGGAUGAAGGGCCCCUGGCGGAGGUUUACUCGCGCUUGGUGGGCGCCAUGAUCUGGUAUCGCGACCACGACCCCUAUAACCCAGCCGCCUUGUGCAUCCUCUUCACCCACUGGUGGCAGCUCGCCAACUGCCGCCACCGACCCAUUACCCUCCUCGACCGGACUGACCUGAGUGUCGAGGCCAUGGCAAUCGCGGCCACCAUUCCCACCGCGCGACCGUCACUAGAGCACUUCCGCGCGUGCGGCACGCCCGUCGAGCGCGGAGAAGGCGCCUUCGCGGCGGCCGAGGCGCGCUUCAACGCACUGCUGGCAUCAAAUCCGUUGGCGCAAACCCGGCGUGUGGCCGAUCUCCUGGUCCGGCCGGUGCUCGCGUACGUGCGCGGGACGGACGACCACCUCCCCCUGGAGAAUGAAUACGUGGGGGCGGUGCUGGCGGCGGAGAUCGCGUACCCGCAGGACCAAAAGAUCCGCGAGCUGUGGGACUUGGCGAUUGUGAUGUGGGAAUGCGGGGCCCUGUGGGCGGCGGGCGUCGCUGGCCUGUGCUAUACCCACUCCGGCCAGUCUAACUGUGAUCGUGCGCGCGAGGAUUUGUCGGAUUGCACCUGGAGUUGA